UUUUCUUACAGGUGAUCGCUGCCGAGUAGCUCUGUACUUUCUUACCGGCCGUCGCACAUAGCGUCCUGGCCAAAAAGCGAAGCUCCCUGAAAUCUGAAAAAUCUGAACAGUUCCGGCAAGAAACAGCAAGCGUCAUGCACGAUGUCAGCGAUCUGUAGCAGUCCAGUGUCUAAACUUUACGACAACAGCAACGAAGUCUAGUUCCCCUGCAGCCCUUCUUGUCCCUUGGAUUUGACGACCCCAAAAUGAACGUUCUUCUUGUGUAAUUUCUAUUUCAUGGAAGAUAAAAAGGCUAGGACCAUCAACAUUAAAGACGUUUGCAUUUGUUGCUUGGUGAUUCUUUUGCGUGACCGUUCUUGAUUUAAAGGUAAUAAAAGUAACAAAAGGAUCUAUCGCCAGGAACUUAUUGAGUCUACUUGUAAACUCCAGCAUACUUCUCGUACACUCCAGAUGAAUCACGACCAUUCUCGACCCAAAGGUAAUAAAAGUAACAAAACAACCAUCAAAUCAGCAAGAUGUUAACCGCUACAAGAACUGCUAGUGACGGGAACAAGUGGUUGGAGCAUCCACCACGCGGGUUUUUGGCGCAUGAAGAAAGGGACAAUUUCUCUGCCGUUGUCGACAAGCGAUAUGACUUUUGGUCUGAGGAUGCUCUUCCUGCUGCGGUUCCUUCACCAUCAUCAUCUUCAAGUAGCACCAGGAGCUCCUCAGGUACAACGGGGACGAAGGAUUAAGGCUUCCCCUAAUCCAUCUUUUCUAUACAGGGAUCCCUCAAAGACAGUAUGCGUCUUUCCUGAAAAAACAGGGGACGAGAUACUGACGCAUAUGCUUGAGGGAUUUCCACAGGGAUCAAUAGGGGAGAGCUCUAAAAGGAACAGAGUUUCGCGAGUUUAAUGAAGCACAAGAACGAACUGAACGAUCUGUCAGAUAUAGCGGAUGAUUUCGUACUGCCAGCUGGAAGCAUCGCGCGUGGCCAGAAAUACUUCAAGAAAUACUGCAGACAGUGCCAUUCUUAGGGAAAUUAGAUAACUUAUUGUUUACAAAGAGAUUGGCAGUAGGGAUCUUACAGGUGGUUCAUUCCCUUCUGCAUAUUUAAUACCAGGAUAGAAGGAACAGUACUACUAGCAUACUAGCAAGUACCUUCAAUCAAUGAAGAGAGUCCAACACUUUCCACUCGCCAGUGGUAGAGAAUGACCACCACAGACGUACGAUGAUGAUUCUCCACUCAUCUAAUUACCCAUCUACAGUGAUAACCGAGCUGCGCAUGGGAUGGCUCUGCUAGGUCCGACUAUGUUUGAGGUUUGUGGUCGAGCUUCCGGAAUGGAGGAAGGUGGUGGCAAAAAACUAGGCGAAAAUAUGAGAACAAAGGACAUCCUCUGGACCGACUCGGCGUUGAUGAAUUACAUGUUAAGGCGAGCAUUGAUCUAGUGCUAGGCAUUGUAAUUGCACACUCCCCUGCAUGCUAGAGACUGAUGCCUGUAACGGGUAGUGCGUGAAGGAGUAUCUUUAGGAGGUUUUAGCAAAGAAGAAUUUUAGCAAAUAAUCCUGAUGGGGUUUUUCUCUAACCCAUCAGGAUCAUUAUGAGUUUUUCCGUCACCGUCCUUAGGAGCUCGCUUCGGGCUUAACACCAAUCCUCUCUUCACCACACCCUUCUAAGCUGGAAAAACCCACGGCUGACGGGAGGCGGACCGACACAAAUGAACUUUCCAGGGAUCCGCUCUUUUGAUGUCCGCGUCGAUGUUGUACACUAUUUACACACGCUGAACGCGGAGCAGUCACCUCACCUCGUAGCAAGCAUAGCGACACCCGCGCAGCACUUGCAAUGA